AAAAAAACGGGGGAGGUUUUGUGGUCAAAAGAGCAUGCACAAGAUUCUCUAGCUCUGACUGACAUUAAAUCUGCACUAAAGAAGUAAGCUUCAACCACAACAUUAAAUCUUGGAGCUGGCACAGUUGGUCUAUUCCUGACAGAACCAUGAAGAUGACAUCUCAGAGACAAGCCCGUUAUCUCUCAAUUGAUCUGGACGAUGAUGUUACCCUGGAUUUCCAUAAACCUAGUUGGCAGCUCAGAGCCUGCCUUGCCUCUGUGUUGAUCACCCCUGUCGUCUACCAACUCUACCUCAUUGUGGUCACCAUCAGAUACAUACUCUUCUUACAAACUUUUUCCUCUCCCCCACGUCCUGCUUGCCCUGUGGUUGACUUGAGUUGGACCGGAGUGUUUCCUUGUGAGCUGGGAUGGAGGGGGAGUGCACUGGCCGUUCUCAUUCUGUCAGCUGUGCUUAUCACCUGCUACUCACUCAUCACUGCCUGCUUGGUGAGAUGGAACCCUCGGAAACAAUGGAACUCAACCACAUCAGUUUUUGAUACUCAAGAAAAGCCGACCAAGUUCCAAGUGAGAGUUCAGAGCACUAAUCGACUGAUGUUGCCCCCCACUCUCAGUCUGUGUAUACUGUUACUGAUAUUCCGCUUACUGUUACAGUCAGGAGAUGUUGAAGCAAACCCUGGACCAACGUUUACCUCAAUUCUGACUCUCGGUGAUUUGAAUCUUGCUUAUAAGAACUUGAUAAAAGCUGCUGGAGACUGGUUCGACCUGGGACUUGAUCUGGGAUUAGAUCCUGGGACCCUCAAAGAUAUAAAAGAUGAGUAUCGCAGGAACAAGGAUUGUCUACGUGAAAUGAUAUCUGCUCGCCUGAAGACUGGCCCUCUCACCUAUUCUGACAUAUGUCAGAGUCUCAGAGCACCAACAGUUGAUCGGAAUGAUGUCGCUGAGGCUAUAGAGAAGGCAUGUACAGCAGAUGACGAUACUUCACCUGGGCCAUCUAAGAAGAAAUUGUCCACACCGACUCCUGGACCAACCAAACCCAAGUCAGAUAAUCGUUCUACCAUCCAACCAGAUGAAGCAAUAGGAAUUUAUCGAUCAUACUUAACUAGUAUUUACGAUACAAGAUCUCUCCCUGCUGAUGACAAAUAUCCUCUCCAGUGUGUUAAGCAUUUUGUUAACCUAGAAUGUGCGAAUGUAAGUAAACAUUUAUCAAGAAAGGAAAUUGAAGAAUCCUGGUCAGAAAUAGUUAAAGGCGAGCUGGAUGGAUUUCCUAGAGAGUCAAUCACAAUGGACCAGAUAGCUUCCAAAGUAGAGGGGAAAUUCUCUAAACUAGUUGUGAUUAAGGGGGCUCCUGGAGGAGGUAAGACAACUUUGUCAUGGGAACUGUGCAGACGAUGGGCUAAUGGUGAAGUUUGGACAGAUUACUCCCUCGUUGUAUUGCUCCGACUUCGAGAUGGGAAUGUUCAGGAAGCUGUAAAUUUAGUUGAUCUAUUUCAAUAUGAAGAUACACAAACUUCCAGAUGUAUUGAUUGUAUUAUCCGAAGGAAUCAUGGGCAGGGCAUACUUUUCAUUUUGGAAGGCCUGGAUGAGUUGCCACCAUCCCUUAGACAAAAAGAUUCAAUUUUUAUGAAACUAAUAACCGGACAUCUUCUGCCAGCUAGUACUGUGCUUGUUACCACUAGGCCUUGGGCGGUAUGUGAUCUACCUCUUACUUGUAGCUCAAGAAUUGAUCAGUUUAUCGAAAUUUUAGGUUUUUCUUCCGAAGAAAUUCAGGAGUAUAUUGAUCUAGUUAUCAAAGAUGGGGCUCCACCAGGACUACGUGAAUACAUUAACUCUAAUCCACGUAUUUCUAGUUCAAUGUAUAACCCUCUUUAUGCCAGAAUUGUAGUUGAAGUUUACAGAGAAUGCCAUGACGAAAGCAAUAGCAUCUUUCCUAACACAACAACCGAACUAUACACAGCCUAUUCUCGAGUUUUGAUUAUAAGAUACUUACAUAAGAAUCCAGCGUAUUUAGAGAGUGAUUGGAGUGGUGAGCUGAGCGAGUUACCUUCGUCACUUCAGGUACAUUUUGAUAAGCUCUGCUAUAUUGCGUACAACGGAAUAACAAAAGAAAAACAGCAGUUGGUUUUUUUCAAGAAAGACGUGGUUGAUACUAACACACUCGGAUUCAUGAACAGUGUACAUCCUUUAUAUAAAUCCAUAAUGAAAAACAACAGUUCUCCAUCUUACAAUUUCCUUCAUCUAACACUUCAAGAGUUCCUCGCUGCAUUUUACGUCUGGAAAAAUAACACCCCACACGAGCAAUUUAUUUUGUUUGAAACAAAGGCCUAUGAUGGAUCAUACAAGAUGAUUCUAUUGUUUUUAGCUGGAUUGACUAAACUGAAUGACCUAUGGACACAGUGUGUACUUCCAACUCCUUAUGUGUACUAUGAGGAAGGAUCGUCAAAAGCCGAGAGAAUGUGUGAUUUAUCAAGUUAUCAAAUUCUGUGGAUCUAUGAAAGCCAAAAUGUGCAAGCCAUGAAGGACUUGUAUUGUAAUGUGCUGUAUGAACUACCGAUAUACGAUUUAGAAACUGAUCACUUUGCACUUGGUUAUGUUGUAGCUUCUGCUCAUUUAAAGGUAACUGUAAUGGACAUGUUCGAGUUUAAUAAAAGUAAUGUGGAUAAAUCGAUGAUAUUAGCAGGAAUGAACAAAGCGUUGUCUUCUUUUAGUGUAAGGCAUCUGAUAAUGUCUACCACAUUCAGAAUUCAAUCUGCUUGGCAUACACUCAUUGAUAGUAUAUUACCAGAAUUAGAAAGCGUCAGUAUCAGUAGUAAAAGAUCAGGAGGUAGUGACGAUGAACUUGAUGGGCCUGAGGUUUCAUGUGCAUUAAAAAUAUUUGACACUAUACAGCUAUCUCCAAACUUAAGUGUUGUAGAGCUAGAUUUUGGCCACUCAAGAGACACUGUGAUACGAAUACUUGAUAUUUUGAAGCCAAAACACUGCUUGAAAGUUUUGAAAUGUGCUCAAGUAUCGCCAGCUGAUGAAAAAUUGCUGUCUGACUUCAUUGCACAUUCUAGUAUUGAAAUGUUGGUGAUACAUUUGGUACAAGCGCCUUCUAUGGGUGACUCACCCAUCACAGAUACUGAACAUUGGUGUAUUUCAAUUGGAUUGAACGUGACUGAGUUAAAAAGGAUUAACACAAAAAUCUUGCCACAUUUACUGUCUGAACAUUCAUUUACCAAUAACGAAGAAAAAACAACGUUUUCAACAGAUGAUGUGGUGUCUGCUUUUACAAACUUAAUUUCAAUAUUAAGCCACUGGAAACUAAGCUUACAAUAUCUGCGAUGCUCUUCCCAACUUCACUUAACUCCCGCACAAUCUGAGCAGCUUUUUAGGACUCUACUCAAUUGUCCGAUACUUAAAGAACUCGAUAUCCAAAGUACAAUAGAGGGCCAAUUUGAAUAUUUCUAUACCUCCCAGCACUUGCAAUCACUAACUUUGGAUUGUCCUGAUAAUGCCUGUGAAGUUUUACGUUCUCUUAAAGACAAUCGAUUACAUUCCAUUAAAAUCCUUGAACUUGCAUGUAACUUUGACUGUGAUUUUGAUGAAGCUAUUGGUGAGUAUCUACAGACUGACACAUCUCUAGAAGAAUUGACACUGCAUUAUAUUGAUUUGAAAAGUAGCCGGAGUCAUUUAUGGCAGGGACUGCAAGUUAACACAUGUCUAACUAAGCUAACUAUUUCACCUCAUAAUAAUAAUUACAUAGUUCAUACUUAUAGUAGGAACUCAGAUUUUAAUCUCGGAACGCUUGAACUGGCCCAAAUGUUUCAACUUAAUACAACUCCACAAUUCAUUGAACUUACGUUUUGUAUACAGUUGCUAGGGGAUCUACUACCUGUUUUGGAAGCAUUGAGAGAAAACAAUACAGUUAAACACCUGACACUCUGUCUGUAUGUGCCACCAUUACAAGAUUAUACACCUUACACUGUUACCACUGAAGAGGCUAAAGCUGUGGGAAAUGUGUUAGCCAAGAACAGGGCUCUAGAGGUGUUUCACCUCAAUGCUGAGAUCACCGACUACUCCCCAAUUGUCAGGGGGCUGUUGGAAAACAAAACACUGAAAGAAUUCGGCACUUCUAGUAAUGCAAAAAAGAACAUUGUCACAUGUCCCGAGUACGUUGAUGUCAGACGAAGAAUUGUGUUUAUUCAUGCAGUUAUAUGAAUGAUUUCUGUUUUAUGUUAUGGUCUAGUUUGUAUACUAAAUCUUAUAAGUCUUCCCAAUCGGUGGCUAUCUUUCUUAUACAUGUACAGUAUAUUUUUGUGUACCAUUGGGCAGAGAGUAUAAACUCUAUACAAUAAUUAUACACUCCAUAAUUAUUUAUGUCUCUAAUAGCAAUUGUUUUUGAUCGUUUCGUUGAUUUGGUAAUUAAAAUCUUCUCUUCAAACAUAUUAAAAUAAU